GGGAUGGGAGAGGGGGCCCUAAAUGAUGGAUCCCAAAAGGCCAAAGUACAGAGUGAGGUGCAAUUAUUCAUGCCAUGAAUUUCAUCCUAAGCAACUCAUGAGCAAAAAAAUUCCCCCAUCACCUCAUCUCUCCCAUCCCACAAAUCAAAAAGAUUUCCGUAUAGAAAAAAGAGAUAAAGAAAAAGCUCUCUACUAUAUAAUAAAACCAUCAUUUGGUACAAUUUUCUUUUAGGUCACUGAUACUGAUUCCCACUCUCUCAUAGCUAGAGCUCUCUCUCUCUCUUUCUCUCUCUCAUAGGCAAAAAAACAAAAGGGUUAAUUAAAGAGACUUUUCUUUCUCAUUCUCUUUCAUUCCCUACUUCUUCCUUUCUCCUCCUCCUCCUCUCUCUCUCUCUCUCUAUGAGAGAGACCUUUGGAGAAAGAGAAAUCAGUAGGAAGAAGCAGCAGCCAUGAAAAACACCAUCAGGUGCUGCAUCUCUUGCAUUCUGCCAUGUGGAGCUCUGGAUGUGAUUAGAGUGGUACACUGUAAUGGCAAAGUCGAAGAGAUCAGCGGAACAAUCCGGGCCAGCGAGAUCAUGAAGGCCUACCCUAAGCACGUCCUCAAGAAGCCCUCCUCAUCGCCGUCCGAUCACAACGGUGUCGUCCCCAAGAUCGUGAUUGUUCCACCCGAUGCUGAGCUGCAACGCGGCAAGAUUUACUUCCUCAUGCCAGUGCCUGCUGCUUCCAAGACAUCCGAAAAGACAUCAGCCAAGACAAGAUCGUCGGCAAAGAAGAAAAGGGUUAAGGACACAGAGACCAACACCACCACCAACAACAACGUUGUGAUGAACAGCAUCGCCAUGACCAACCUCUUGAUAUCUGAUCAGUACUUGAGCGAAAUACUGUCGGAGAAGCAUUCGUCUCAGAGGGAUCGGCGGCGAGGACGUGUUGGGGUGUGGAGGCCUCAUUUAGAGAGCAUAUGUGAGUCACCAAGUGAUGUGUAAUAUUGGCGGCUUCAUCUUUUCAUCAUCUUCUUCUUAGUUCUCAUCAUUCAUUUUGAAGGUUCAUAUGGCCAAUAGGGUUGCUGCCUAUUAUUCUUUCUUUCUACCUCUUUUCCUUUGUUUUUCCCUUUGUUUUUCUUCUGUUUUUUUUUUGUAUAUAUAGGAAGGAACUAAUAGAGAAAGAAGAAAUAAUAUGCAACAAGGUCUACUAUGAGUCUAUGAGGGUGUUAAUUAUUGUUUUUAUUUUGUGGUGGGUUCGCAGGAAAAAUAUAUAUAUAUUUGAAGGCCAUAAUUGGGUCAUAGUUCAGUGAGGUGUGUGUGUUUGUGUUUUAA